CAACCAUGGCCAUCGAACCGGGCGCGCCGACGUACAAGGCGGCGACCGAUGCCCUCGAUGCGGGCAAGGAGGCGCAGGGCGAGAACAUCCUCAAGCAGAUUCUCGAGACACACACCGAUGACAAGAGCGAGGAGAGCCUGCGACAACGGGAACUGGCGCUGAUGCGGCUCGGGCAGCUAUACCGCGAUCAAAAAGACGCAACAAAGCUGGCCGAGGCGGUGCGGUCGUCGCGCUCACUCAUGGCGUCGAUUGCCAAGGCCAAGACGGCAAAGCUGAUCCGGACGCUGAUCGACUACUUUGGCGAGAUUCCCAACUCGAGCGAGACGCAGAUUGCCGUGACGCGGGAAAACAUCGAGUGGGCCAAGUCGGAGAAGCGCAUCUUUCUCAAGCAGAACCUCGAGACGCGGCUGAUUGGGCUCCUCUUUGACACGCGCCGCUACCGCGAGGCGCUGCCGCUCAUCGAUGCCCUGCUCCGCGAGCUGAAGCGGCUCGACGACAAGAUGAUCCUGACCGAGGUGCACCUGCUCGAGAGCAAGGUCAACCAUGCGAUUGCCAACCUGCCCAAGGCCAAGGCGUCGCUCACCUCGGCCCGCACCGCGGCCAAUGCCAUCUACUGCCCUCCUUUACUCCAGGCCCAGCUCGACAUGCAGAGCGGCGUCCUCCACGCCGAGGACAAGGACUACACGACGGCCUACUCGUACUUUUUCGAGACGCUCGAGGGCCUGUCGUCGCAGGAGGACGCACGUGCGCCGCUGGCACUCAAGUACAUGCUCCUCUGCAAGAUCAUGCUCAACCUGGCCGACGACGUGGGGGCCAUCAUCGAGGGCAAGCUGGCGCAAAAGUACGCGGGCCGCGACGUCGAGGCGAUGAAGGCCGUCGCGCGGGCGCACGAGGAGCGCAGCCUCGAGCACUUUGAGCAGGCCCUCGCCGACUACAAGGCCGAGCUGUCCAACGACCCCAUCAUCCGCAACCACCUCUCGGCCCUCUACGACACGCUCCUCGAGCAGAACCUGCUGCGCAUCAUUGAGCCCUACAGCCGGGUCGAGAUCAGCCACGUGGCCAGCACGGUGCGCCAGCCCGUGCGCGACGUCGAGACCAAGCUCAGCCAGAUGAUCCUCGACAAGGUCUUUCACGGCAUCCUCGACCAGGGCGCCGGCUGCCUCGUCGUCUUUGACGAGCCCGUCGAGGACACGACGUACGAGGCGAGCCUGGACACGCUCAAGCACGUCAGCACCGUCGUCGACUCGCUUGCCGCCAAGGCGAAGCGGUUGUCAUGAGCGCGCAUGUAAUGCCAUUAAUUCCACUAAUGUUAAGAGACAGACUACACUGGCAGUGCUUGAGUACACUGGUAUUUCUAGAG